AUGUUGCAACUCAGAUGCGCAGCUCAGAAUUAUGACUGGGGAAGGAAGGCUAGCGAGAGUGAGGUUGCCAAGCUCGCGCAAGCAAACGGCAGCGCAAUUGACGAGUCGAAGCCAUUUGCUGAGCUAUGGAUGGGCGCGCACCCCAACUGCCCCUCGAAGCUGCAGUCAACCGGCGAGAGCCUGCAGGCGUGCUUGGACAAGUACCCGCAACUCCUUGGGGACAAGGUCGUGCAGAACUUCGGCAACCAACUCCCUUACCUCUUCAAGGUGCUGAGUGUCGCCAAGGCUCUCUCCAUCCAAUCUCAUCCAGAUAAGGCACUGGCGGAGAGGCUGCACAAAGAACACCCGAAGGCAGGUCUCUACGCGGAUCCCAAUCACAAGCCGGAGAUGGCACUGGCGUUGAGCGACUUUGAGGCCUUGUGCGGCUUUGCCAGCAUUGCCGAGCUGCAGGAGCGGCUCCGUAGGGUUCCGGAGCUGGCCCUUCUUGUGGGCCAGCAACACGUGGACGCCCUGCUCGCUCUGCCCACCACCAUCGCAGAGGAGGACGACGAGACGGCGUCCAAAGCGGCGAAACAGACCGCCUUCACAGCGCUGAUGACCGCACCCCAGGAGGCCGUUACCGCGGCCGUGCGGGGCCUUGUGGAGCGGCUCAAGGCAAUCGCACCGGGAGAGGAACUGACCCCUCAUGAGGCCCUGGCUCUGCGCCUGAACGAGCAGUUCCCGGACGAUGUGGGCCUUAUGUCGGCCUUCUUUCUUAACCUGGUCCGGCUGCCCGAUGGCCACGCUAUCUACCUGCCCGCCAACGAGCCCCACGCCUACCUGGCCGGGGAGCUGGUGGAAUGUAUGGCGGCUUCAGACAACGUCAUUCGUGCCGGUCUUACGCCCAAGUUCAAGCAUGCCGAUGUGCUGUGCGAGUCGCUCACGUACCGUCAAGGUCUGCCUGACGUCCUUACCGGCAGCCCAGCCGGCACCGGCAUCACCGUCUACCAGCCGCCCUUUGAAGAGUUUGAGAUCCACCGCAUCGACUGCGGCUCCGAAAGCGCUCCUGGAUGCAAGGCGAUGACGCUGCCCGCCAGCGAGGGCCCGCGCAUCCUGCUCGUACAGCACGGCGAGGCCGAGGCCACGGUUUCGGGACAGCUACCAGACGCGCUGCAGGCAGUUUCGGAGCUGGAGAGUGCGCUGGCGCUGGCACGCGGCAGCAUCGUGCUGCUUGCUCCAGGGGUGGAGCUAGCGCUGGCGCAUGCAAAGGAUCUGGUGGUGUGGGUCGCGGCGGUUAACUCUACGUUCUUCCGGCUGCAGGACGCACGUGUUGCUGCGCCGCCCGCGGUAGCGGAGGCCGUUGUCGCCGCGUAA